AUGACUUCUGACCAUUGCAGUUCCCUCCUCAGCGAGCAGGUUUCAGAGGCCAAAGCUGCCUCCCUGUGCCUCUUGGCUAAUGUGGCACAUGCCAACCAAGUCCGUGUGGGGUCGACUCCCCUGGGCCGCCCCAGCCUCUGUCUGCCCCCAACCUGCCACACCGCUUGUCCCUUGCCAGGGACCCGCCACAUUCCUGGCAACAUUGGAAUCUGUGGGGCCUACAGCGAAAACACCCUGAAUGGACACGAGAAGGAGACUAUGCAGUUCCUGAAUGACCGCCUGGCCAACUACCUGGAGAAAGUGCGCCAGCUGGAGCGGGACAAUGCAGAACUGGAGACCAAACUCCGUGAGAGGAGCAAGUGCCAUGAGUCCAGUGUGUGCCCGGACUACCAGUCCUACUUCUGCACCAUCCAGGAGCUCCAGCAGGAGAUUCUGUGCACCAAAUCGGAGAACAAUAGGCUGGUUGUGCAAAUAGACAAUGCCAAACUGGCCGCGGAUGACUUCAGGACCAAGUAUGAGACAGAGCGCUUGCUGCACCAGCUGGUGGAGGCUGACAUCUGUGGCCUGCGCAGGGUGCUGGACAACCUCACCCUCGCCAAGUGUGACCUGGAGGCCCAGCUGGAGUCCCUGAAGGAAGAGCUGCUUUGCCUCAAGAAAAACCAUGAGCAGGAAGCCCGCACUCUGAGGGGUCAGCUGGGAGACAAGCUCCGGAUUGAGCUGGACAUUGAGCCCACCAUUGACCUGAGUAGGGUGCUGGGGGAGAUGCGAGGCCAGUAUGAGGCCAUGGUGGAGACCAACCGCCAGGAUGUGGAGCAGUGGUUCCAAGCCCAGUCUGAAGGCAUCAGCCUGCAGGCCAUGUCCUGCUCCGAGGAGCUGCAGUGCUGCCAGUCGGAGAUCCUGGAGUUGAGACGCUCGGUGAACGCCCUGGAGGUGGAGCUUCAGGCUCAGCACACGCUGAAGGACUGUCUACAGAACUCCCUGUGUGAAGCUGAGGACCGCUACGGCAUAGAACUGGCCCAGAUGCAGAGCCUCAUCAACAAUGUGGAGGAACAGCUGUCUGAGAUCCGGGCCGACCUGGAGCGGCAGAACCAGGAGUACCAGGUGCUGCUGGACGUGAAGGCCCGGCUGGAGAAUGAGAUUGCCACAUACCGGAACCUUCUGGAGAGUGAGGACUGCAAAUUUCCCUGCAACCCAUGUGCGACCCCAGCCUUCAGCACUCCCAGUCCAGCCCCAGCAGCCUGUGCCCCCUGCUCCUGGGCCACCCAUGGGCUCUGCUCAUCAGCUGGAUACUGA